UUCGCGCUCGAGUUUGAAAACUGCGGCAACCGUCAUGUCUCUCGGGGAAGCGAAACUGCAGGUCCCGCCGGCCCUCGCGUUGUACCUGAAAGAGAACCGUCUGGCCACGUUUACCCAGUGGCCCUUCGUCUCCGACUGCUCCUGCACUGCAGACAGGAUGGCUGAAGCUGGAUUCAUUCAUUGUCCUCUUGAGAAUGCUUCUGACGUGGCACAAUGUUUUAUAUGCUUUAAAGAAUUAGAGGGAUGGGAACCUGAUGAUGACCCCAUGGAGGAGCACCGUAAACACUCUCCCAACUGUGCAUUUCUUGCUCUAGGGAAAGACAUUUGUGACCUGACAGUAGAGGAAUUCAUGAAACUUCGUACAGAGAGGAUAAAAAAUAUGAUUGACAAAGAAGUUAAGCACACACUUACCGAGUUGGAGAAAUAUGCUACUCUGAUCCGUGGAAAAAUAGAGCAGCUGCGUUCAUAAACUGUAUAUGCUAUUGGAUCUUUUUGAGUGUCUAAAUGGUAUUGAGAAAAAUCAAAACCUGAGGUGCUCAGUCUGUUGUUUAAGUUUAUGGUUUUUUUUUGUAGUUACUUCUUAUUGAAUUUCUUCUGAUGUAUUUAUCAAUAAAUAUUCCUUUUUAUAAAAUACCAUGUUUACCAUGUUUUAAUCCUUUCCUGGGCAAAAUUGUUUGAAGGCAAACAUUACUCUCAGGUGCUAAAUGAAGCUCUGACCCAUUCUUGAAAAUAGGAUCAAUUGAGAAGAGCAAGUGAACUGCGUUCUUAGGAAACUGCUUUAUUUUGAUUAUGUCUUUGAUUCUUUGCAAUAGUCAUCCUCAAAGCAAUGGUACUGUAAAAGAGCAGGCUGCUUAGAAAAAAUGCAGACACUUGUAUUGCUUUCUUCGCCUCUUAUUUAAGCCUUCUCCCUGCAUCAGCACCGCAGAGUUGGCAAUAACGGUGCUACCUUUGAACAGAUCUAGGUGGAGAUAGGAGGGUGGGUGCGUUUUGGAAGCUCUGCAACUACCAGCGAAUCGAAAAGCAGCUGAACAAAAUGCAUUUUUCCUUUGAAGUAGUGAAUAACCCAGAGAAAAAGAAGCACAAGAAAAGUAGUGGCACAGCAAGGAAAAGUUAAGUACAAAAGCAUAAUAUGGAAAGUUGCAAAUACUGUACAUGCUGGCCAGUAAUAGAAAAGAAAAAAGCAAAGAAAUAGAGAGGAAUUAAAGCAGAAUAGUGUUGGGAAGAAGAAAACUUUGUUAUAUUAGAAUUACUAUAGAUAGUAAUAUAGAAAUAUAGAGGCAAUAGAAAUAUAGAUUAGACGCAAUAGAAAACAUUUAUAGACUUGUAGGCUUUAUGUUUCACUGGCAUAAACUAAAAAGAAAUGUUAGAAAAGAUUCCAAAUAUCCUAUCAAAUAAUAGAGUUUACUUUGCUUAUAAGAGAAAGUGAACAGAGAAAAUGAUCCUUCAGUUGACUUGCAAUCAUCAAAUGAAACUGACUGCCAGAACUUUCAAUAAUGUAAAUACUUAAGUAGUACACAACUAACUUUCAAAGUUUAUUGUGGAAGGAUAUGUUGUAACAUAAAUGAGUUUGCAAAAAGAUGGACUGGAUAUAUCAGAUGAACAGUGUGAUGUCAUUAAUUCAUCAUCAUCAUUACGUCCUGUGCAGAAUGUAUUAGGCAGCAAGUGUUUUCCAGUGAUUUUGAUCAUUCAUAGCAUCCUUGUCCCAAGGGACAUUAAUAAGAUCGUCCUUAAGUGUUUGGUGCCAAGUUUUCCAAUGCCAGCCUCGUUUCCUUUCUUCCAGGAGGUAUCCCGUUGUAACUUUGAAUAGUCAGUAAAUGAAUGGUUGUAAAUUGAGAACUAUAUGUAUUAUUUUAGUUUGUAUAAAACCCAAUCGCCAAGAAAAAUUGGAACAAAAUUUAUCAAAACUUUCAUAAUCCCACAGCAUAUUGUGAAGAUUCCUAUACCAACUAUGGAGAUAUUGGUAGCUAUAAAAAAGAUUAAGACAGGGAAGGCACCAGGACCAGACAGAUUACUAGUUCUUAUAAAUGUUUUUAAAGAUCAACUUUGGAACCAUUUCAGAAAAUGAUGAAUUUCAUUUUACAGGGUGAUAUAAUGGCAGAAUACUGGAAAAGCAAAUAGUGUGUUGUUGCCAAAAGAAGGACAAGAACUAACCUUACAAAAAAAAAUUAGAUCAAUUUCUUUAUUGAACAAUUACUAUAAAAUAUUUUCAUCACCUCUAGGAGAUAAGUUAAAAAUAUUUUCAAGAGAGUUUUUUCACGAAGACUAAUAUGGAUUGUUUUCUUAAAAGACAAUUGAAAGAAUGGGAGAAUAAUACUGUGAUGAGCCACCCGGAGUCAUUGACUGAGAUGGUCAUAGAAAUUAAACAAACAAAUAAAUAAAUGAUGUAAUAUUUGCAAGAACACAAUGAGAAACAACUGCAUUAAUUUUUUUAAUUGCCAAGAAAAUGACUGACAAUUUGAACUUGUCCUUGUUUAAAAUUAUGGAAGAUAGGGCUUUUGGUGAGAAUUUUCUUCAUGGAAUCAAGUUAAUAGCUACGGUACAUCACAGAAAGGAUUGAGUUAAUGGUGAUCUGACUAAAUCACAUGAUAUUCAGAAGGAUUGUCCUCUGUCUCCAUUGUUGUUUAUUUUGGUUCUUGAAGUAUUGAAUAGAGACAUUAGAAAAGAUGAGAAUAUAAUGGGUUUGAAAAUUAAAAAUGAGUUCUUUAAAUUGAGAGCUUUUGCUUAUGGUUUAGUUUACAGAGUCCUUCAAAAGGAAUUGAAGUUUUGAUGAAAAAAAAUGGAAAAGUUACCAAGUUUUAAGAUUACUUACUUACGGGACCGUCUGCUGCCACCGAUUGCCUCUCACCGACCCGUGCGCUCUCACAGGGAAGGACUCCUCAGGGUGCCGUCGGCCAGGCAGUGCCGACUGGCGACACCCAGGGGAAGGGCCUUUUCUGUGGGGGCUCCCACCCUCUGGAACGAACUUGCCUCAGGACUUCGCCAACUUCCUGACCUUCGAACCUUUCGCCGCGAGCUUAAGACACAUCUGUUUAUUUGCGCAGGACUGGACUAGAAUUUUAAAUUUUGAAUUUGGUUUUAAUUGGGGUUUUUAUUACUUUUAUUGCUAUUUUAAAUAUUUGGCCUAUUUAAUAAGUUUUUUAAUUGAUGUUUUAUUCUGUAUUUAUAUGUAUGUUUUUUAUCAGGCUGUAAACCGCCCUGACUCCCUCGGGAGAUAGGGCGGUAUAAAAAUGCGAAUAAAUAAAUAAAUAAAUAAAUAAAUAAA